GCUAGUACCAUCGUGCGAGUGUGAGCAAGCUACUGAGAGAACUCGGAACGUUGCUUGACAGCUUGAGUAGGUAAAUAAUCUAUGGCGCGCCAACAGUGGAGCAGCGGCGGCCUCGCGGUCGCGGUGCUGGCCGUGCUGUCGUCCGUGCUCAUCUGCUCGGGCCACCCGGUGCCGGGCGGGCUCCCCCUGCUGCCGCACUUCUACGGCCACGCGUGCCCGCAGAUGGAGGCCAUCGUGGGGUCCCUCGUGGCGAAGGCGCACGCGGAGGACCCGCGCAUGGCGGCGUCCCUGCUGCGGAUGCACUUCCACGACUGCUUCGUGCAGGGCUGCGACGCCUCCGUGCUGCUGGACGCCGACGGCAGCGGCAGGUUCGUCACCGAGAAACGGUCCAACCCCAACAAGGACUCGCUCCGGGGGUUCGAGGUCAUCGACGAGAUCAAGGCCGCGCUCGAGCACGCCUGCCCGCACACCGUCUCCUGCGCCGACAUCGUCGCCGUCGCCGCCAGGGACUCCGUCGUCCUGACCGGCGGACCUGGCUGGGAGGUGCCACUGGGGAGGAGGGACUCGCUGACGGCCAGCCUGAGCGGCUCCAACAACCUCAUCCCUGCUCCCAACGACUCCCUCCCCACCAUCAUCGGCAAGUUCGCCAACCAAGGCCUCGACAUCGUCGACCUCGUCGCACUCUCAGGGGGGCACACCAUCGGCGACUCGCGGUGCGUGAGCUUCCGGCAGCGGCUGUACGGCCAGAACAACAACGGGCAGGUGGACCGGACGCUGAACCCGGCGUACGCGGCGGAGCUGCGGGGCCGGUGCCCGCGGUCGGGCGGCGACCAGAACCUGUUCGCGCUGGACCUGGUGACCCAGUUCCGGUUCGACAACCAGUACUACCACAACAUCCUGGCCAUGAACGGGCUGCUCAGCUCCGACGAGAUCCUGCUCACGCAGAGCCGCGAGACCAUGGACCUCGUCCACCGCUACGCCGCCGACCAGGGCCUCUUCUUCGACCACUUCGCCAAGUCCAUGGUCAAGAUGGGCAACAUCUCGCCGCUCACCGGGAGCGCCGGCGAGAUCAGGCACAACUGCAGGAGGGUCAACCACUUCUAGCUUCCAUGGAGUGGCCAUCCGUGCAGUGGUGUUCUUGCUUUGGUUUCAUUUCUGGAUGCAUGCGUCAUCUUUCAUACUUGGAUUUAAGUGUGCAGUAGUCGUAAAUGAUUGGAAUUUCUGUUUUAGUUUGGUGCCCAUUCGAUCUCGAGUCGAUUUUCACUCAUGUAAUUUGCAAAUCUUGUACGAAGAAAUGAUCCAAUAAAAUUCAGCAUUUGUGUC